UUUAGAAAAAAGACUACAUUACUUCCCAGAAUGCAUCUUGCUUGGUGGUCCCUGCGUGAAUAGCAUCCGGCUUCCCGACCGAGCUUAGUUUGUGACGGUUCCAGCAGCUCUCCGUGUUAUUUACUUCUAAAAACCACACCAACGCCAUUAUUAAAAAACAGAAACACCUCAAUAACGUUCAUACGAACAUUUGAAUGAUACUUCUUUAUGAUUUAUUAAUCUUUAUUCUUCCUUUACCGGGUCGGAACGCCGGCCUCCCUGGCCCGGGAUGGAGCGGGGGCUGUUGACGCUGUGACACAAGGCUGCAGCUCCAUCGCUGUCUCUUCGUCUUCUCUCGAGUUUCAGGUGAACGCUCGGUGUCGAACUGCUCGUCCAUGAGUCGCAGAGGGGACAGAGAUGAGGACAGCGAUGAGGACAGAGACGAGGACCGCGCCGGGACACGCUCCGUGGCGUACGUCCACAGUUCCCAGUACAUCGAGACGUGCGACACUUUGUCCAAAGUCCCGCACCGGGCGAGCAUGGUCCAUUCCCUGAUCGAAGCCUACGGGCUGCUGCGACACAUGAGUGUGGUGAAGCCUCGUGUUGCCACCAUAGAGGAAAUGGCAAAGUUCCACACGGACUCGUACCUGGAGCAUCUUCAUAAAAUCAGCCAGGACGGAGACAACGACGACCCCCAGUCAGUCGACUACGGCCUGGGUUAUGACUGUCCCGUGGUAGAGGGGAUCUUUGACUACGCAGCGUCAAUAGGGGGCGCUACACUCACCGCAGCUCAGUGUCUGCUGGACCAAAAGUGUGAGGUGGCCAUCAACUGGGCCGGGGGCUGGCACCACGCGAAGAAGGACGAGGCGUCGGGUUUCUGCUACGUGAACGACGCCGUGUUGGGAAUCCUCAAACUGAGGGAGAAGUAUGAGAGAGUGCUCUACGUGGAUGUUGACCUGCAUCACGGAGAUGGUGUGGAAGACGCCUUCAGCUUCACGUCCAAAGUCAUGACCGUCUCGCUGCACAAGUUCUCCCCUGGAUUCUUCCCAGGUACAGGGGACAUGUGUGACACGGGGCUGGGGAAAGGACGCUGGUACGCCGUGAACGUCCCCCUGGAGGACGGCAUCAAGGACGACAGAUACUACCAGAUCUUUACCAGUGUGAUGCAGGAGGUGCGGGCGCAGUUCAACCCGGAGGCCGUGGUGAUGCAGCUGGGAGCCGACACGAUGGCCGGCGACCCCAUGUGCUCCUUCAACAUGACGCCGGUGGGGGUGGGCAAGUGCCUCCAGUACGUCCUGCAGUGGCAGCUCCCCACUCUGCUGCUGGGAGGAGGAGGUUAUAACCUGGCUAACACGGCUCGCUGCUGGACCUAUCUGACCGCCGCGGUUCUGGGAAAGACCCUUUCCUCCGAGAUACCAGACCACGAG